CUUGCCUCACCGAACUUUCCAAUGAGACCACACGACAACACGGUUUAGUGACUCUUUCUGUGUCAUUGGAGAGGUAUUAAAGUUGUCCUUGAGAUGACAAACAACUUCCCAUGUUUUCUUCAACUUGACGCUUUGUUGACCAGAACGCAAUAUACCCAACCUUCUGUCCAAAUCUACUGAAAUCUCUCGGUUCAAGGCAAUCAUCUCCUAAGUCACGGUAUAAGAACACAGACGAAAGGCCGAUUGAUUACACAAAGAAGUCGGUAUCCGUCUCGACUAUCAAGGAGGCUUUGUUGCGACAUGGCGGUGACUGAGUUCCAGGAAAGAGUCUAUGCACAUCUCCUUGCCAUCCCCGCGGGUAAAGUCACGACAUACGCAAACCUGGCGAGGGCACUGAAUUCGUCACCCCGUGCCGUCGGUGGGGCGCUGAGAUGCAAUCCAUUUGCUCCAGAGGUGCCUUGCCACAGGGUCAUAGCCAGCGACGGCUUUGUUGGCGGGUUUAAAGGUGAUUGGGAAAAGGCCCCUUCUGGCAUCAACCAGACCAUGAAGCUUCGAUUGCUGAAUGACGAGGGGGUUCACUUUACCCCAGAAGGGAAAUUGAUUGUAAAUAACGACGUUUGGUUUGAUGGACCCUGGAAAAUCAAAGGCCAAAAACUUCCGACCCGCAAAGAGGGACCGUAAAGGGUUUAUGUUGCAAAGCAAGUACAAAAUUUAUACCAAGAAUUCUUAUUCCCGCAACAAAUGGCCUUCUGAUUCAAAAUACUUCCAAGAAGAGAUACCAGCGUUGCAAGACUCUAUACAAACAAAAUGACAUUGAC